ACUUCAGCUGUCUGUGAUCCAAGACACAGUUGUGUCACCAUCUCUCAGACUUGUGAGGAAAUUGCUAAAUUCUGAUCAAGAACUACAAAGAAAUUGAUAAAGGAGACUUCUGCAAGAUGGGUCGUGUUUUCCUGGAUUAGACUUAGAAGAUUGGAAAAGAAGCAAAAGAGUAAAAGAAUCCUUUGGUGUUAUUUGGUUUCUUUCUCACUGUGUAUUCAAGAAUGGGCUCAUCCUUAAGUGUAACAGUUACUUGGAGCAUUCAGCAACACCUCUGAUAAGGGAGCUAUUUUCAAUAAAUUUAAAAUGCAUUCUGAAGAUGAAAAGAAGAACUAUACUGCAGAUGGAAAUAUUCAUGAUGUUGCCAGCCAGGGUCAUGAAUCUGAAGACAAACAAAAGAAAAAGAAGAAGCAGAAGAAAGGGGAAAAACCUAAGGUGGUCAGCCCUUUUGCUCUGUUUCGAUACUCCACUUGGUCAGAUAAAAUGUUAAUGACACUGGGCACUAUUCUGGCAGUAGCCCAUGGAAGCUCUCUCCCUAUUUCGAUGAUAAUUUUUGGUGAAAUGACGGACAGCUUUGUUGCUUCUGGAGACUUAAAUUUUACAGGACUGAAUUCUUCUCAAAUGAAUUUCACUGCAGACAUGCUCGAGAAGCUGGAAGAAGAUAUGACAAGAUAUGCAUACUACUAUUGUGGAAUAGCAGCUGGUGUUCUUCUUGCUGCUUAUUUACAAACUUCACUCUGGACACUAACAGCAGGUCGACAAAUAAAAAAAAUUAGAGAAGAAUUUUUUCAUGCAAUUAUGAGACAGGAAAUUGGAUGGUUUGAUGUAAAUGAUGUGGGAGAACUUAACACUCGUCUUCUAGAUGAUGUCUCCAAGAUUAAUGAAGGAAUAGGUCACAAGGUUGGACUUCUUGUUCAACAACUAACGGCAUUUGUAGCAGGAUUUAUUGUUGGUCUUGUAAGAGGAUGGAAAUUAACCCUUGUAAUACUAGCAGUUAGUCCUGUCCUGGGACUUUCAGCAGCCAUCUGGGCAAAGGUUCUCUCUACUUUCACUGACAAAGAACAAGCAGCAUAUGCAAAAGCAGGUGCUGUUGCAGAGGAAGUUCUGGCAGCAAUCCGUACUGUAAUAGCUUUUGGAGGACAGGAAAAAGAAAUUAAAAGAUACCAUAAAAAUUUAGAAGAUGCUAAAAGGAUUGGAAUAAGAAAGGCUAUUAUAGCUAAUGUUUCUAUGGGUGUUGCUUACUUACUGGUAUAUGCAUCAUAUGCACUGGCCUUUUGGUAUGGAACUACUUUGAUCUUGACUGAUGAUUACACUAUUGGCCAAGUUCUGACGGUCUUUUUCUCUGUAUUGAUUGGAGCUUUCAGUAUUGGACAGACUGCUCCAAGCAUAGAGGCAUUUGCUAGUGCAAGAGGAGCUGCCUAUGUGGUCUUUAAUAUAAUAGACAAUGAACCUCAAAUUGACAGUUACUCAGAGGCGGGUUACAAACCGGACUACAUUAAAGGAAACUUGGAAUUCGAGAAUGUUUACUUCAAUUAUCCAUCCAGACCAGACGUUGAGAUACUGAAGGGCUUGAAUCUCAAGAUUAGUUCUGGCCAGACAGUGGCCCUGGUUGGCAGCAGUGGCUGUGGGAAAAGUACAACUGUUCAGCUCAUCCAGAGAUUUUAUGAUCCCAAGGAAGGCACGGUUACCAUUGAUGGGCAGGAUAUUAAGACCUUGAAUGUAAGAUAUCUGCGGGAGAUUAUCGGUGUGGUGAAUCAGGAGCCCGUGCUCUUUGCUACCACUAUUGCAGAAAAUAUUCGUUAUGGCCGUGAGGACGUCACCAUGGAAGAGAUUGAAAAAGCUACCAAGGAAGCCAAUGCUUAUGACUUCAUCAUGAAGCUGCCCAAGAAGUUUGAAACCGUGGUUGGAGAAAGAGGGGCACAGCUGAGUGGAGGCCAGAAACAAAGAAUAGCAAUUGCCCGAGCUCUGGUUCGCAAUCCUAAAAUUCUUCUGCUUGAUGAGGCAACAUCAGCUUUGGAUACUGAAAGUGAAUCAGUUGUGCAGGCAGCACUGGACAAGGCAAGGGAAGGACGCACUACAGUUGUAGUGGCUCAUCGGCUGUCAACAGUGCGAAAUGCAGAUCAUAUAGCUGUGUUUGAAGGUGGAGUUGUCGCAGAGCAAGGAAAUCAUGUUAAACUGCUUGAGAGGAAGGGAAUCUACUACAAACUUGUUAACAUGCAGGCAAUAGAAGCUGAAGUUCCCUCGUCAGAAAAAGACGAGAAUGCACUAAGUGUCAAAAAACGUGAAUCUGAACCAGAAUUUGAAGAAUCCCUAACAAGAGGAUUGAGAAGACGGUCAACUCAGAGAAGCAUGAAAAAGGCAGGAGAGAACGAUGAUGGCCCUGAUGAGAAAAAAAGUUCACCUGAGGAAAAAUUACCUCCAGCUUCAUUUUUGAAAAUUAUGAAGUUAAACAAAACUGAAUGGCCAUACUUUGUAGCUGGAACCUUAUGUGCAGUUAUCAAUGGAGCUUUACAACCUGGAUUUGCGAUCAUAUUUUCUGAAAUUAUAGGGAUUUUUUCAGAAACGGACAAGGACAUUUUAAGAGAACAGAGCAACUUAUAUUCACUACUGUUUUUAGUACUUGGGAUAAUUUCCUUUUUUACUUUCUUUUUGCAGGUAUGUUUUAUUAUUUUUACUUUAUUAUAA